AUGGCCGACGACUUGAUCGCCCUGGGCGGCGAAGAUGACUUCAUCUUCAAAGAUGCGCUAACCUUCGAUCCACAAAAUAUCACUCUUUCCACCUUUAAGCGUCUUCUUGCUAGCUAUCCAACCACCGUCGGGCAACUCCACCGGCGCAAGGCCAUGUUGAAGUUGCAGCCCAAGCCCGAAAAGGGCUCCAAGCGCAAGACCGAGAAGAAAGCCAGCAAGGAUUCUGCUGUGCUGAGUGACGAUCUUCUGAUGACGAAGACUGAGUUCGAUCCCGCCGAGCAGAAGAUCAUUGAAGCCGAAGUAGACAAGUUCAUCGAGCUGGAUACCUGGCGGUACGAGGGACUGCCGACAAUAGUGAGCGAGCGCAUCGCAAAGGGCGCCAAGGAGGUGCUGAACAAAGACGAACUCGUCUCCGUCAUGGAAUGGAAGCUGAAACACGGCGUCUUCCGCCCAACCCUCAUGGGCAUGGUGAAAUCCAACCAGGACAGCAACGUCGUCAAGUGCGCCGCCGCCAGCGUUGCGGCUCUCCCCAAAGAAACCCCCAUGGUCGCCUCAGAUGCCACCUUCCCCAGAGCCAGCCUCGACGCCUUUAACCCUCUCCGCGGUGUCGGCCCCGCCACUGCCUCCCUGCUUCUCUCCAUCGUCUCCACCGCCGACCCCGCCCACGAAGUCCCCUUUUUCGACGACAACGUCUACCUCUGGCUCUGUAUGGACCAAUUCCCCGAGGUACAGCGUGUUGACGACGGCCCAGAGCCCCAGCUGAAGCUGCGCCGCCCGAAUGGCGAGAUCAAAGCCAAGUACACCAUCACCGAGUACCGAGCGCUAUGGCAGGCGUGCUGGGAGCUGCGCAUGCGGCUGAACCGCGUGGGCGAGCAGGACAGCGCGGGCGCUACGACGGUGUCGCAUGUCGAUAUCGAGAAAGUCGCAUUUGUGCUGCGGAAUAUUGCGGUGUCCGGGUUCCUCGAUGAUUUGGAUCCGGCAGAGUAUGGGGCGAAGAAGAAGGCGGAGUUGAAUCCGGAGCCGAAGGCGACUGAACCGAAGAGGAACCAGAUUGAUAAUAAAAGUAAGAAGGCGAGGCAGGAGGAGGGGGUGAAAGAGAAGAGGGAGCGAGAGAGUAGGGGGCGGAAUAGUAAAAAGAAGACAGCGUAA